GCUGGUAGAGGUGAAAUUUGUUGUUUAACUAAAAAAAAAUUAUGACAAAUAUUCAAAUAUUUAAUUUUAAAUACGAAUCAAAAAUUUGAAAUUUUUUAAUAAAAAAAGAUGCUGUGAUCACAUAAAUCAUUAGUUAUUACGUGAAAAAUAUAUAGAAAAUUUGAUCAAAAUAGCAAUUUGGAGCACUAAUGAAAGAGAAACAAAGGCAAAACUAUUAUGAAUGGCUGAUGGGAUGAAUGGUUUGUUGAUUGGAGUGGUUGGUGUCUUUCGAUUAUGAAUUUGCAAAUUUUGCCAACAUUCAACGCUCGUCUUUAUUUCGAUUAACAUCGUUUCGUACGGACGUGUAAAGAAGAAAUGCAGUUAAAGAUAUCUAGCUUCACUUCUAUUUUAAUAUUUGCCACAUUUCUAAAAUGUUCUCAUAUCGCAAAUUCACAGGAAAUUAUCUAUGUGCCUAGAACACAACUUUUGGCUCGUUGGCCAUUUUUCGGUGGUUUUCGUAAUAUUUUACGGGUAGUUCGUCCUAAUGUUCAUGUGGGUAGAAAAUCGGAUUUUCGCAGUGAUUUUGAUGAAAAUUAUGUUAAUUAUCAUGGUGCUCAAAUGUGGAAAAUCAUUUUCAGUCAGGAUUUGAAUAAAAAUAAUAUUAGCCGAACGGAAGAAAUGCAAAAGUUUAUUGAAAAGUAUGGCACAGAAGUUUGGAAUAUUAAUCAAGAUGGUAUUGAUGUAUUAAUCGAUUAUAAGAACACAGCUAAAGCUAAGGAAUUUAUGUCUAAAAGUGAUUUUACCUAUAAUAUAAUGAUCGAUGAUUUAGAAGUGGCUAUUGAUGAAACCUACAUAGAAGUUAAUGCGACAAAUCCUAAAAUGCCCUGGCUUGAUAGAGAAGGCACCAUAAUGAAUUGGAAUCGUUUUCAUGAUAUCGGUGAUAUAAAACAAUUUAUGCAAUAUAUUUUGGAAAAUUAUGGCGAUAUGUCUGAGAUAGUACAAAUUGGAGUAACAAACAAUAAAAGACCUUUGGAAGUAUUGAGAAUAUCAAAUGGUGAUCCCAAUAAUUGGGCGGUAUUUAUUGAUGCCGGUCUACAGGGUCGUGAUUGGUUAAGUCCGGCUGCUGUUACAUUGGCCAUAUCAAAAUUAACCUAUUUAUGGGAUAGUCCAGAAUCGGAAAUAAUUCAUCAUAUUGAUUGGUAUUUCUUGCCCGUAGCCAAUCCUGAUGGUUACCAGUACUCACGUAUAACCGAUCGUUUGUGGACUAAAAAUCGUCAUUUCGAUACGAAAACAGGUUGUUUUGGUGUUAACUUGGAUAGAAAUUUCGAAUAUAAAUGGGGUGGUUCAGGAUCUUCGGAAAAUCCUUGCAAAAAUCUUUAUAAAGGAGCUAAAAAGUUCUCGGAACCCGAAACGCGCGCUAUUAGAAAUUUCAUGUUAAAUAUGAAAGAUUAUUUGGGUGCCUACAUUUCAUUUGGAGGUUAUGGCCAGGAAAUAGCCUAUCCCUGGGGUGAUGCUGACUUUGUUACCGACAAUCAAAGAAAUUUACAUAAAGUUGGUCGCAAAGCAAUGGCGAAUUUCCGCAAAUUGAAUCAGGCAGAAUAUCGUGUAGGUUCCAGUUAUCGCCUUAAACUUGCUCGUGCUGGCAAUUCUGCCGAUUGGGUUCAAUAUCAUAUUAAUCCUCAAUAUGUGUAUAAUGUUUUCCUUAAAGAUCAGGGACGUUAUGGUUAUUUAAUGCCUCCCCAUUAUAUUGUGGAAUCGGGUGAAGAAGCUUAUGAGUUUAUGAAAACUAUAGCAUUAGCAUUAGACUAUCAUAAUUGAAGAAGUAUUUAUAAAGUAUGAAUGAAUAUUUUUAAGUUUAGUAAUUAAGAUAAUUUAUUUAUUGUGAAUUAUUUAUUUG